UGCUCUGUGGGGCAGGGAUGUCCCUAUAGGGUUCCUGUGGUGCAGGGAGGUCUCUAUAGGGUAUUUAUGGGACAGGGAGGUCUCUGUAGGGUUUCUGUGGGGCAGAGGGGUCCCUGUGCAGCAGGGGCAGUUUCGGGGUCAGGAAGCGAAGCCGCAGCUCCAGGCUCGGGCCCCCGGGGAUGUGGCAAUGUCCCCUGAGUGUCCCCUCCGGGCCAUCCCAUCCCAUGGGCUCGGGGGGCAGAGACCCCAAAUCCCUUCCCGGCCCCAAAUCCCUUCCCGGCCCCAAAUCCCCGCUGCAGCGGGGCGUGCCCGGGUCCCCGGGGGAGGGGUGGCCCUGGUGUCACCCGCUGGCCCCAGAGGUGACAAACCCCGCGGUGUCACCUCCCCCGCGCGGCCGGAGCGCUGCGGAGGGGCCGCUGGUGGCGGCGGGGGUGGCACCGGGGACAGGGCCACGCGGGGAGGUGACACCGCGGGGAGGUGACACCGCGGGGAGGUGACGCGGCUCUGUCCCCGCUCCUGUCACCGCGGCUGGGGACGAAGUGUCGCCGCGGGUCCCUUGGCACCGCCGAGCCCUUCCGGAGCCCCCGGCAGGGGACACGGCUGUCCCCUCGAGCUCCGCGGGUGGCGGAAAGCUCGGUGGCUUCUCCGGCUGGGGACAAGGGCAGGACCCGUGAGGGGACACCCGUGUGACAGGGGACACCCGUGUGACAGACGACACUCACAGGGGCGGUGCUGGCGUGUCCCCACCCUGCGGGAAGGGGCUGCAGGGGGUGCGGAGGUGACACACUGAUGGGCUGUGACGUCAGGGGUGGGGACAAUGGCUCGGCGUGGAGCUGCGUGUCCCUCGGUGUCCCUCCGUGUCCCCUAGUGUCCCUUCAUGACCCUCGGUGUCCCUCGGUGUCCCUCUGCAUCUCUCUGUGUCCCUCAGUGUCCCCCCGUGUCCUUCCAUGUCCCUCCAUGUCCCUUGGUGUCCCUGAGUGCCCCUCAAUGUCCCUCUGUGUCCCCCAGUGUCUCUCGGUGUCUCUCCAUGUCCUGCACUGUCCCUCAGUGUCCCUCGGUGUCCCUCCUUGUCCCUCGGUGUCCCUCCUUGUCCCUCGGUGUCCCCUGGGCCCUGCCCCGUGUCCGUGGCAGGAGGGGACACAGCGGGUCCCCCCCAGGACGGUGACAGUGCCGGGGGACAGGAGGGGUGGCACUGUGCCACCAUGUCCCCAAGGCGUGGGGCUGCAGCCAGCGGGGUUUGGGGCUGGGCCAGCAGUGGGGACAGGGACAGCGGGGGACACGUCCUGGCCCUGGAGAGGUGACAGGGGGGGACAGGGACCAUGGGGCAGGAGGGGACAGCCCGUGUGCCCAGUCAGGGGACAGCGCUGUCCCCGCGGUGGCACUGACGGGCCCGGCGCGCCCCCCGGUGCUUGUCGCCGGUGUCGCAUCCGCCGCCAGCCCCGCUCGGGGUCCCCGCCGCUCGUCCCUGUCCCGGGGACACCCCAGAGAGGGGACCCCGUGUCCCCUCCCCACUGUGCCCCACCCCAGCGGGAACUGUCGCACCUGGGGACAGGGGACAGGGGACAAGGGACACGGGACAAGGGACAAGGGACAAGAUUCAUCCCCGGCUCGGGACACCCCAAAAGCCAUUCCCUGCUCCCACGGGGAGUUUGGGGUUUUGGGGUUUGAGAUUUGGAGUUUGGGGUUUGGGUUUUGGAGUUUGGGGUUUUGGGACUUGGGAUUUGGGGUUUGGAAUUUGGAGUUUGGGGUUCGGGGUUUGGGAUUUGGGAUUUGGAGUUUGGGGUUUUAGGCUUGAGGAUUUGGGGUUUGGGGUUUGGAGCUUGGGAUUUUGGCUUGGGAUUUGGGGUUUGGAAUGUGGGGUUUGGGGUUUUGGGUUUUGGGGUUUUGAGUUUUGGGGUUUGGGAUUUGGGGUUUAGGAUUGGGGUUUGGGAUUAGGGGUUUGGGAUUUGGGACUGGGGAUUGGGGUUUGAGAUUUGGGGGUUUGGAGUUUGAGAUUUGGGGUUUGGAAUUAGGGAUUUGGUGUUUGGGAUCAGGGUUUGCUGUCUGGGAUUUGGGACGGAGCCCUCAAUGCCGAGCCCGCCCCCGGCACGUGAGGCGCCCCCAGCAGUGGCACCGAGUCCCCAAGGCCACCCCCGGCGGGGUGACCCUGGCUGGCGGCCCCCAAGGCUGUCCCGGCCGGGGUGACGCGCCCCGUGCCUCGUUAUCAUUUUUGGGGCACAUCCCUCCCUUCCGCCAAGGCCACCGUGUCACCUGGCGGCGGCGGGGCUGUCCCCGCGGGGCGGGGCGGGAGCGGCUCGGUAUAAGAGCGAGGUCCCCGCGUCCCUCGGGGCCACCUCCCCAUGCUCGCCCAAGCUGUCACCCAGCGCGGGGCCCUGCGGGGAUGUCCCCGAGCCGCGGCCGCGCGGGGUCGCUGGCUCGGGGGGGCUGCGGGCGCCGUCCCCCCGGCUGUCCCCCCGGCUGUCCCCGCGGCUGUCCCCGCUGUCCCCAGGCCCUUUGACCAGGUGCCCGGCGAGUGGCGGGCGGGCUGGCUCAGCCUGUACCGCUUCUGGCAGGAGGGCGGCCUGGGCACGCUGCACCUCAGCAUGGCGCGCAACUUCCAGCGCUUCGGGCCCAUCUACAGGGAGAAGCUGGGCGUGUACGAGAGCGUGAACAUCAUCAGCCCCGCGGACGCGGCCACGCUGUUCCAGGCCGAGGGGGCCCUGCCCGAGCGCUUCCGCGUGCCCCCCUGGGUGGCCUACCGCGACUUCCGCAACAAACCCUACGGCGUGCUGCUCAAGACGGGCGAGGCGUGGCGCUCGGACCGGCUGCUGCUGAACCAGGAGGCGCUGGCCCCCGCGGCCGUGCCCGCCUUCGUGCCCCUGCUCAGCGCCGUGGGCGAGGACUUCGUGCGGCGCGCGCGGGCCCAGGCGCGGCAGAGCGGCCGCGGCUGCUGGACCGGAGACUUCAGCCAGGAGCUCUUCCGCUUCGCCCUCGAGUCGGUGUGCCACGUGCUGUACGGGCAGCGCCUGGGGCUGCUGCAGGAUUUUGUGCAGCCCGAGGCGCAGCGCUUCAUCGAGGCCGUGUCGCGCAUGUUCCACACCACGGCGCCCAUGCUGUACCUGCCGCCCGCGCUGCUGCGGCGCCUGCGCAGCCGCACCUGGCGCCAGCACGUGCAGGCCUGGGACGCCAUCUUCUACCAGGCGGACCAGUGCAUCCAGAACGUGUACCGGGACCUGCGGCUGCGGCGCAGGAGCAGCCGGGAGCACGUGGGCAUCCUGGGCAACCUCAUCCUGCGCGACAAGCUGCCCCUGGACGACAUCCGCGCCAGCGUCACCGAGAUGAUGGCCGGCGGCGUGGACACGACGUCCAUGACCCUGCAGUGGGCCAUGCUGGAGCUGGCGCGGGCCCCGGGCGUGCAGGAGCAGCUGCGGGCAGAGGUCCUGGCAGCCAAGCGCGAGGCGGGCGGCGACCGCGAGAAGAUGCUGAAAUCCACACGGCUGCUCAAGGCCGCCAUCAAGGAGACACUCAGGCUGCACCCGGUGGCUGUGACCCUGCAGAGGUACACCACGCACGAGGUCAUCCUGCAGGACUACCGCAUCCCGCCCGGGACGCUGGUGCAGGUGGGGCUGUACGCCAUGGGCCGCGACCCCGCCGUGUUCCCGCAGCCCGAGCGCUUCCGGCCGCAGCGCUGGCUGGCCGCCGGCCCCAAGCCCUUCCUGGGGCUCGGCUUCGGCUUCGGGCCCCGCCAGUGCCUGGGCCGCCGCAUCGCCGAGCUGGAGAUGCAGCUCUUCCUCAUGCACCUCCUGGAGAACUUCAGGAUCGAGACGGCGCGGGCCGUGGAGAUCGGCACCAAGUUCGAGCUCAUCCUGGUCCCGGACCGGCCCAUCCAGCUGAGCCUGCGGCCCCUCGAGGGCCAGCCCUGAGGAGGGGACACGGGGACAGCGCCGCACCCGCGGUGGCGCCUGGGGACAGGGGCACGCUGCCAGGGCCGCGCUCUGGGGACACAGAGGGGGAGGGGAGGGGAUGGGGGUCCCCUCUGGCUCCGGGGUCCCACCGAGCUGCCCCGAGCCCCUGGAAUGUCCUGAGCCUCUGGAGUGUUCUGGAAUGUUCUGGAAUGCUCUGGAAUGUUCUGGAAUGUUCUGGAAUGUUCUGCCUGGCUUCGCUCCAUGGGAAGGGCCGGGAGGGGCUGGGGGCACGGGGGGGGCACAGGGGACAUCCAGAACCUCUCUGGGGGCAGGGGACACCGGGGACACUGGGGACACAGGGGACACUGGGGACACUGGGGACACUGGGGACAUUGUAACAUGGGGGGCAUUGGGGGCAUUGGGGGGACUGGGGACACCAUGGGGACAGUGGGGAUAGUGGGGACAGUGGGGACACUGGGACAGUGGUGACAGUGGGGACACUGGGGACAUUGGGGCAUUGGGGACCCUGGGGACACCAGGGACACUGGGACCCUGGGGACACCAGGGACACUGGGAUACUGAGGACAUUGGGGACAUUAGGGACACCGGGGACACUGGCUACACUGGGGACAUGGGGAGUCACUCCCAGGGGAGGGCUCUGCAGUGGGCAGUGACACACUGGGGACACUGGGGACAUUUGGAACACUGGGGACAUUGGGGACACUGGGGGUACUGGGAUACCGGGGACAUUGAGGACAGUGGGGGUACUGAGGGACAUUGGGGACACUGGGGACACUGGGGACAUCGGGGUCAGUGGGGACAAUGGGGGACACUGGGAGUCACUCCCAGGGGAGGGCUCUGGGGUGGGCAGGAGUCACUGGGGACAUUUGGGACACUGGGGACACGGGGGACACCGGGGACAUUGGGGACAUUGGGGACAUUCUCCUCCCAUGGGAAGGCUCUGGGGGGGGCAGGGGACACUGGGGACACUGGGGGUCACUCCCAGGGGAGAGCUCUGCAGUGGGCAGUGACACAUUGGAGACACUGGGGACACUGGGGACAUUCCCAGGGACGGGCUCUGGGGUGGGCAGGGGGACACUGGUGUCACUGUAGGGUAACUGUAGGACACUGGGGACACUGUAGGACAUGGGGGACACUGUAGGACACUGCAGGACACCGCUGUCACUGCAGGUCACUGCAGGUCACUGCAGGUCUCUGGUGUCACCACUGUCCCCUGUCCCCGGCUCACCAGGGCCAGCCCGCGCUCCCGCAGGCGCGUCCCCAACUCCUGCUGCUCCCGGGCCCGGCUCCGGGCGGCCUCCUGCAGCUGGGACAGACCCCAAGGGGCUGGGACAGACCCCAAAGGGCCGGGACAGACCCCAAAGGGCAGGGACAGACCCCAAAGGUCAGGGACAGACCCCAAAGGGCCGGGACAGACCCCAAAGGGCUGGGACAGACCCCAAAGGGGCUGGGACAGACCCCAAAGGGGCUGGGACAGAC